AUCCCUUCCCAUCUCUUCCCAGUGCUUUUGCGUUUGCCUGGGCUGUGCCGUGCCGGGGCUCUGACACCAGCUCUGUGCUGCGUUGUGGUGCUCCCUCCAUCCCUCCCUCCUUCCUUUACUUUCUCCUUUACUUGCUUCCUUCUUUACUUGCUUGCUGCCUGCCUUCGAUUAACCUGUCGAUCCAAGUAUACCAAGCCAGCCGGGUUGCUUGCACGCAUGGCGCUCCCUCUCGUUGCUUCGCUUGCAUGCCACCCUUCCAGUGUGCUUCUGCCCCAGGGACAGAAAUGGGGCCAACAUCGGAUGACAGAAAACAAUUUAUGUUCUUCGAGGACGAAGCUCGGAUCAUCUUUCGCCAUACCACUCAACUUUGGGAAGAGUUUGCCAUGCAAUCACCUGCAGAGGAUUGAUAUGGAUGACAGGAUGCACACAAUUCGAGCAUUGUCUAGUGGAGAAGCCAGCAGCAAUAAAAGUGAGGACGCAAAUGUGGAUUCUGUGUUUGAUAAAACACGGGAGGAACUUAAGAAAUUGGUGAUGCAGUCAGUGACCAACACCAAUCGCGGCAAGACAGCCACGAAUGAGCAACGCCUGUAUAUCUUUUCUCUGCUUCAGGAACUAGAAAGCCAGAAUCCAACUAUAGAUCCAGUCAACUCACCUUUAUUUUCUGGUCGCUGGGCUUUGCUAUACACGGCUCCUGUUGAUGAGAAGACAUCAGACAAGUACGCAGGAACAGAAGAAGGUCCGUUUCUUUCUCGAGUGAAGCCUGCUAGCUUUGGCACCGUUCGGCAAUCUCGCAGUUUUCAGGUUAUUGAUGCCGUGCGUGGAACUGCAGAGAAUAUUGCUGAAUUCACAUUUCUUGGUACUCAAGGUUCUCUAAUAAUUUUUGGAUCCGUAACGAAGUCACCGGCAACUGAGAAAGGGGCAGUGCGUGUGGACGUGACAUUUGAUAGCUUUGUUGUCAAGCUCGGUUCCGUGACCUUUCCUUCCGUCUCGCUCAACUGGAUCAGUCCCAAAGGAUGGAUCGAGACCACAUUCCUAGACGAGAAUUUUCGGAUCGGACGGGGAGACAAAGGCUCUAUUUUUGUUGCCGUACGAGCGAAGUAAGCUCGAGUUGUGCGAGAGCAGACCACCGCAGCGUGAUGGGCAACCUUACAAGACAACUCCACCGCCUCUAAUGCAUUCAGGGUUAAGGGAGAACACAUAUAAAUUCAAUUCCACCUGCUUCUUCUUAUAUUUGUUUAAACGCUCGGUGAGCAUUGCUCUAUUCUUUUCUUCAUAAUAAAUACAACACUACGCAAUACUCUGGUUC